AUGGCUAAGAUGGUGACUGUUAGGUCCAUCAUUUCUUUGGAUGCCUCUAAACAUUGGUUGAUCAACCGAAUGGAUGUCCACAAUUCAUUCCUCAAUGGUGAUCUCCUUGAGGAGGUGUACAUGCAUAUUCCUGAAGGUUUUUGCAGACAGGGGGAGACAAAGAAGGGCCACUUUGACUAUUCUCUGUUCACUAAAAGAACAAAUGAUGACAUUGUGGUUGUCCUAGUAUAUGUAGAGAAUUUACUCAUCACUGGUACCAAUCCUAAUCAACUAAAUGAGAUAAGAAAUGAUCUGCAAACCAGGGUCAAGUUGAAAGAUCUUGGUGAGUUGAAGUUCUUCCUGGGGAUUGAAUUUGACAGGUCUAAGGAAGGCAUAGUGAUGAAUCAGAGGAAGUAUGCUGUGGAACUAAUCUUUGAAUCUGGCCUAGGUGGAGCAAAACCUGCUGGAACCCCUCUUGAAAUGAAUCAGAAACUAACUUUAGCAGAGUAUGACAGCUGGAUGAAAACCAAUGCUGAGGAUGAGAUGUUAAUGGAUCCUAGUAGCUUUCAGAGGUUAGUUGGAAGACUACUAUAUGUCACUAUGACCAGACCUGACUUAUCCUUUGCAGUACAAAUUCUCAGUCAAUUCAUGUAUUACCCAAAUGUGUCACACAUGGAAGCUGCUCUCAGAAUGGUGAGGUACAUCAAAGCUGAACCUAGACUUGGCCUUCUUAUGCUUGCUGACAACACAAAUAAACUUAUAGCCUAUUAUGACUCAGAAUGA